CUCCUCCAAACGAACACGCCCACCACGGCACAAAACAACGCCAUUUUUUUUUUUGUCUGUUUUCAUUGCCGAAAUAUUAUCUCUGCUAUCGUAUUGUAUUUCCCUCUGGCUUUUCAUGGUCUCCCACAGUACAAGCGUAACCAUCCAUGACCCCUGAGCUAACACACAAUUUACACGAUCAAAUUACGAUCCUGACCCACCCAAACAGUCAUGGGGAGAGACCGAAAAGACCCACAAACCAUGGAAGAAAAUCUUUCUCGCCGUGGCCUAAUUGUGGGGAACUACUGCCACGACGUGCUGAUCCGAGACGGCGUCGUUCUGGCCGACACUCUUGGUGGGGCCGCCUCCUUCAUCUCCGCCGUGCUCGACGGGGUAUCCGUCUCCUACAAUCUGGUCUCCAAGGUUGGCCCGGACUUUGCCUAUACGACGAGUCGUAGCCCGAUUGUGAUUCCCACUUCGAGAACCACUCUCUUCCACGCGCAUUUCGACUCGGGGGUCGACGGGGACGAGCACCGGGACAGGGUCCUGAAACGGGUCGCCGCCUGCGACCCGAUUCGUCCGUCGGAUCUCCCCGGGACGAGGUUCGAUUUCGGGAUGGCGGUCGGUGUCGGCGGCGAGAUAUCGCCCGAGACGCUCGAGCGAAUGCUCGACAUUUGCACUGUCGUGUUUGUGGAUAUCCAAGGUCUGAUCCGAGAAUUCGACGGCGUAGACGGAACCGUGAGGCUUGUGGGGUUGAACGAGACCCGGUUCUUUCGGCUUUUACCACGUAUCGGGUUUCUGAAGGCUUCGGCGGAGGAGGCUUUGUUUAUGGACGUGGAGGAGGUGAGGAAGUGGUGCUGUGUGGUGGUGACGCAUGGGAAGGACGGGUGCACGGUGUAUUGGAAGGAUGGGGAAUUGGAAAUAGCGCCGUUUGCGGCGAACCAGGUUGACCCGACGGGAGCUGGGGAUAGUUUUCUAGGUGGGUUUGUGGCGGGGCUGGUUCACGGGUUGGCUGUGCCUGAUGCUGCAUUGGUUGGGAACUUGUUUGGGUCGCUCACUGUUGGGGAAAUUGGGCUGCCCAAGUUCGAUUCCAGGCUGUUGCAGAGAGUUAAGGAUGAGGUGCAGAGGAGGAAGAUGCAGUGCAUCGGCUGCUGUGAAAGACAAGAUGAUGAGCUGAGGUUUACGAAGCCAGCAGGGCAUGCACAGUUCCAUGCAUCCCUCGAUGCUGCCAAACUGAUACCCGCACGUGCCGUUCCUGAAUGUCCAUGGGAUCUUCCAAGCUCUCCUCCCAAAGCAGUGGAACAGGCCAUCCUGCCGCAGUAUGCUGGGCAACCUAAACUAGUUCUUAAUUCCAUUUAUGACGAACAAAUUCAAACAGUUGAGGCCAAGCGCCCCAGUACAUCUCCUUUUUCUGUAUCAGAUGAUUGAGCUAGCAUAGAGAUCUCUUUGCACGGAGGUUUUUGUUGGUUCUUCACUUAGAAAUUUGUCAUCUCACUCAAUGACAAGCUAAAGUUGUAAAUCCCUUCUAAACAAGAAAGCUUGUCUGUUUUGUCUAGGCCUCUAAACGAGCCGAAUAUUGGAUGUUUGAGUUUGGUUCGUUUAA